UCUGGCCAUUAAGUUCUCUUGGCUAGUUGAAAUAUUUUUGUUGGGAUAUCAAGACUCUAAUUGUCACAUUAUAGAAAGCUUAAAAGAUGGUCGCAAGUGUUUUGUUCGCAAAUGUCGCUGUCCUCAAAUGUUAUGUUCCCAAAUGUCGUUUGUUCGCAAAUGUCGUUUAUUCCCAAGUGUCGAAUGUUUUCAAGUGUCGAUUUUCGCAAAUGUCGCUCUUUAUUUCUAGAAUUAGGGUAAACCACAACCUCGAAAAAUCCGAUACCCCCUAGAUACAAUCUUAAAAAUCUCUGAAUUUUUAAAAACGAUUUCCUCUGCGUUAGGGGGAUUUUUUAAAAACAGAAGACCAACACCUAUGAGAAAAUUAUUAAAAUUUUCU